UGUCUUCGUGGUGUUUACAAUUCAUGACAAAGCUGUGUAGUCUGCGGAAAACACCCAAGCAGGGGAAAACACGCACGGACACAGCAAAUGAAUUCAUGUCGAGGCUACUUUUUCUACUUUACUUCUUUAUCCUCUGCAAACUGGGGCUCAACAUAUCUAAGUAAGUGUGAUUCCCGCAAAUGACCACCGCGUCUGUAUUUCAGGAAUAACUAUAGCCCACGAAAUCAGGUUCUACGUUAAGGAGAUGUGAAUUAUGACACUGGGAGGCCGACAUGCAAAAUACUGUCCAUGCCAGUGGAAUGAUGGCAACGGGAGCUCAUGCAAACAUUUGCCUAAGGGAUGUCAACUUCAAUUCAACCCCUCAGACUGUGUGCAUUACUGUGGAGAGCCUCAAUGGAAAUGAGACCGUGAAGCAGUCAUGUUGCUGAUGCUGAAUGAGAAAAAAAGGACAAUCUCUGGAUCAUGUUGCUGAGGAGGCGUGCCCAGUUUGUGGAUAGGACACAGGACUGAGCCAAACGACAGCGUUCGAUGGAGUGACCGCAAACGCAGUGAUGUAAGCGGAUGUGUCUCUAGUGUCAGUCCUACAAGACAAUCAACACACGGAAGGGAUUUCAUACACACGUGUGGAUUCAGAGCGGAAGGAGGGGCGAGCUGGUGAAGCAUUCGAUAACUUGAUCAGCGUCUGUGUGAAAACCAUCGGGUCUCAAGUUGAAGAGGAGACAACAGAGCAGACAGGAAGCUCCAACGCUUAACGUCCACUAUGCCUCGGAAUCGAGCGUUCUCAGAGCCCGAGUACUCUGCUGAGUAUUCCGCAGACUGUUCCGUGACUCUUCCCUCUGACCCUGGGCAGGCUGUUGGGCGAACACACGAGGUCACGGUGAGGAGCUCAGGUUGCUGCCUUUGCCUACCUCGUUUUAUGCGCCUCACCUUUGCACCAGAGUCCCUGGAGAACCUCUACCAGACCUACUUCAGGCGUCAAAGACACGAAACUUUACUGGUGCUGGUUGUGUUCGCGGCUCUCUUCGACAGCUACAUCAUUGUCAUGUGUGCUGUGGUCUACACCAGUGACAAGCUGGCACCUGUCCUGGUGGCGUCUGUGGGGCUGCUAGCAGACAUCCUCCUCUACCUGCUGUGCCGCUUCGGACUGCUGCCAGAUCGCAUCUCCAGGCGGGUGGUGCCCUACGCCCUUUGGGUGCUGAUAGCGGCUCAAAUAUUCUGCUACCUGGGUUUGAAUUAUGCCCACUUUCACCAGGCCAGCGACACAGUGGGCUGGCAGGCUUUCUUCUGCUUCUCCUUUUUCCUGACACUGCCUUUGAGGUUGACCCCCAUCGUGCUCAUCACGACUGUCACCUGCGGGGUUCACACCCUGGUUCUGGGUGUCACCAUCGCCCAGCAGCAACAGGAGGAGAUCCAGGGAGCAGCACUUGGCAGACAGCUCCUGGCCAACAUUGUGAUCUAUGUUUGUGCCAUCACCGUGGGCGUCAUGUCAUACUACAUGGCAGACCGGAAGCACAGAAAGGCUUUUCUUGAGGCAAGACAAUCGCUCGAGGUCAAACUCAACCUGGAGGAGCAAAGCCAGCAACAGGAACGCCUGCUGCUGUCCAUCCUUCCCAAACACAUAGCUGACGAGAUGCUGCAGGACAUGAAAAAGGAGCCCAGUCAGAAAGAGAUGCAACAGUUUAACACCAUGUACAUGUACAGACAUGAAAAUGUCAGUAUUUUGUUUGCAGACAUUGUGGGCUUUACCCAGCUGUCAUCAUCAUGCAGCGCUCAGGAGCUGGUCAAACUGCUCAAUGAACUCUUUGCUCGGUUUGACAAACUAGCUGCAAAAUAUCACCAGCUGAGAAUCAAGAUCCUCGGAGACUGUUACUACUGUAUUUGCGGGCUGCCAGACUACAGGGAGGACCAUGCUGCCUGUUCCAUCAUGAUGGGCCUCGCCAUGGUUGAGGCCAUCUCGUAUGUACGUGAGAAAACCCAAACAGAUGUUGACAUGCGUGUGGGAGUGCACAGCGGCACAGUCUUGGGGGGAGUGCUUGGUCAGAAACGAUGGCAAUAUGACGUGUGGUCCACUGAUGUCACUGUAGCCAACAAGAUGGAGGCUGGAGGGAUACCAGGUCGUGUCCACAUCUCACAGACCACCAUGGAGUGUCUUCAUGGGGAGUUUGAAGUUGAGCCAGGGAAUGGAGGUGAGCGCUGUGACUACCUGAGGGAGAGAGGACUCGAGACCUACCUGGUAGUUGUUUCCAAAGGACCCGUGGGAAAAAACGGCAUCAACAGUGUUAAAUUAUCUGUAACUUCAUCCAAUGGAAACUCCCCUCUGCUGAUCAACACCACAGAGUGUAAUGGUAGCGUGAACACAGCCUGCACCACACCAGAAGAACCUGAAGAACUGGACACCAGGGUUGUCAACCCCUCUUUCCCAAAUCCUCGCCGAAGGCUACGGCUGCGAGAUCUGGCUGAAAGGGUGAUUGAUGCCCAAGAGAACGAACAGGAGCUCAACAAACUGCUAAAUGAAGCUCUUUUGGAGCGAGAAACUGUCCAAGCUUUGAAGGGGAAACACACAAACCGUCUCUCCCUGAGGUUUGUUGACCCCGACUUGGAGACUCGCUACUCGGUGGAGAAGGAGAAGCAGAGUGGAGCUGCUUUCUGCUGCUCCUGCAUGGUUCUGCUCUUCACUGCUGCCAUGGAGGCCCUCAUUGAUCCCAGGUUGAUUGCAAAUUACAUAACUUUUGCAGUGGGGGAAGUUCUACUCCUCAUCCUGACAAUCUGUUCAAUGGCCGCCAUCUUUCCCAGGGUUUUUCCAAAGAAGCUUGUUGGUUUCUCAACUUGGAUUGACCACACUCGCUGGGCUCGUAACACCUGGGCCAUGGCAGCCAUCUUCAUACUUACCAUGGCUGACAUUGUUGACAUGCUGAGUUGUCUGCCUCAAGGUCCUUUGUCAGUCAGCACCUCGGUGGCAUCCCCGCCAUCCUUAUCCUCCAUCUUGUCGAGCCCUGAAGGUUGUCUGAACAACCCCAAAUAUUACAGCUACAUUGCUGUACUCGCACUGAUGGCCACCACCAUGCUGGUUCAAGUUAGUCACAUGGUCAAACUCACACUGAUGCUGCUUAUCACAGUGGCUACUGGUGUCGUUAAUAUAUACAGCUGGAGGGACAUCUUUGACCGCUAUGACAUAGCCCGCUUUCAUGAUUACAGGUCAUACUUAGUGCCAUCCAAAUUGACCAUGACAAUUAUGAUCUUCACUAUGAUGGUCAGCUUUUAUUAUUUCUCCCGACAUGUGGAGAAGCUUGCUCGCACACUAUUCCUGUGGAAGCUUGAGGUUCAUGAGCAAAAAGAGAAGGUGUAUGAGAUGAGACGAUGGAAUGAAGCCUUGGUGACCAACAUGCUUCCUGAACAUGUUGCUCGACACUUCCUGGGCUCCAAGAAAAGAGAUGAGGAGUUGUACAGUCAGUCGUAUGAUGAGAUCGGAGUCAUGUUUGCGUCCAUCCCAAACUUCUCCGACUUCUACACAGAGGAGAGCAUCAACAAUGGUGGCAUUGAAUGCUUACGCUUCCUCAACGAGAUCAUCUCAGACUUUGACAGUUUACUGGAUGAGCCUCAGUUUCGCUACAUCACAAAAAUCAAGACCAUCGGAAGCACCUACAUGGCCGCGUCAGGUGUUACUCCUGACGUCAACAAUGGGUACGCCUGUACCAAGAAGGAGGAGCAGUCCGACAAAGAGCGCUGGCAGCACCUGGCCGACCUGGCGGACUUUGCGCUGGCCAUGAAGGUCACACUCAUGAACAUAAACUACCAAUCCUUCAACAACUUCAUGCUACGAAUCGGUCUGAAUAAAGGAGCAGUUUUAGCAGGUGUGAUUGGUGCCCGCAAACCUCACUACGACAUCUGGGGAAACACAGUGAACGUUGCCAGUCGUAUGGAGUCCACGGGGGUGAUGGGAAACAUUCAGGUGGUGGAGGAUUGCUACAACAUUCUCAAAGAGUAUGGCUUCCGCUUUGUGAGGAGGGGGCCUAUCUUUGUGAAGGGAAAGGGGGAGCUACUCACUUAUUUUCUCAAGGGAAGGGACAAACAAGGUUCCUUUCUGAAUGGCUCCUCUGUCACUCUUCCACAUCAAGUUGUGGACAGCUAAGCCCAAACAUAAAAGAAUAACAGCACAUGUAUGCUAAAUUCAGAGAGGUUGUGCAAAGAACUUUUGAAUGCAAAGUCAUUUGCCUUGAAACCAUGAAAUGCCCUCAUAAUCCUUCGACACUGCCUCCACAUCUCUGCGUAGCCACAUCUUUUUGCAGGCUCUGCUGAAGACAAGGUUGACAGCUCCAAUUAAUUACCGCGGACAUGCACAAACAGCCGUCUGUGUCAACAAGCCGCUCUUUACUGACGAUGUUUUCACCUCUAUGGGAAGCAAUUCCCUUUUUUAAUGCCACUAGUGAAUGUACUUGUAAUUCAGUGCCAUCGUUGAAUCGUUUGUGAGGGGGGAUACCGCCCGGUUGGAGUUCUUUGUGAAAGUGUAACAUAACACAUAAUUAUGUUCCAGUCGUAUAAACAUGUGACACUUCAUUCCAAAGAGUACAUAAUUAAGGUCAUGGUGAUGGAAUUUGCAGACAGAAAAGAAUGGGAGAAAAGUGUGUUUUUGAAAAACAAACAGCAGACUUGAAUCACACUGUGACAUCAACAUCCAACUAUCAAUAUUUGCAAUCCCCAAAAAUUUGACCGGAAGCGAGCUGUCCUGUGGAGCGGGGGCGUUCAUAGGUGUUUGUGUGCGUGUGUGUGUGUAUCUGCAUUGCUGGAUUUCCUCAGUCAAUGUAUUGGUUCCCCGUGCUCUUGGCCGGGCAAUAGGUUAGUUGAGUCCGUACUGUCCUGUCCUCUCCCGUCUGUUCAUGAGAUCUCGAAAGCACACUUAAACUGCUGGCCUGGGCCAUCAACAUGAAUAAUAGGUAAAACUGUGCAUAUUUUUGGACAGAGACACAGAGCAGAUACUGUACUGUUUGUUUUACUCAUUGUUGGUAGAUAGAAGUGCCUAUCACAGAUGUGAUCACCAAAUUUUAGAUGAAGGAUUCCACUAUCUCAAGUCCACUAUUCCUGUCUAUUGACUGUGCUUUUAAAGGAGAAUGGCAGUUUAUUGCGACGGCGUUGUUUUUUUUUUUUAGUUUAUUGUUCGAGAGAUUUGGUGAUAAUAUUAUUAUACACAGUGAGCUUCUGAAACUGUCGGCCCAGCAAUAUCAGAUGUAGACUAGGCUGUCUAACCAAACUUUUAGCCAAAAAUCUAACUACCGGUACAUUAUUAUUAUGAAUUAUGAUUACAAUGACUUGAGGUUUUUUUUUUUUCAUUCUUUCUUUGCAAGUUCAACUUAUUGCUGAUAUGUGAGGCCUUAGGCUAUUUGUUUGACCUCUUUUUGUUCAUAUCAGGGGUCCUCGAUUUAAAAAGGUCCAGUUCAGGAAAUUGCAUUCAGUGAUUUUUCACACUGAACAAAAGGACAAUAACUUUUCUCAAAUGUAUACACCCGAAAAUGCUUAAAACAGGCUAGAAAAUUAACCAAAUACAGUAAAUAUGAAAGAAACUUAGACAAAGUUUUGCAUGUGAGUAUAAUCGGAGUUGCUGCAUUUGUUCUUCUUAAAAUAUUUUUUCAACAAUAAUACAUAAACCAUUUGAAAUAAUCUUAGCAAAACUUGUUUUGAAGUGUCCUAUUAUCUGUUUCCAGUUAUCCUCGCCCCUCUCCUACCUCACUGAAAAACCACUUGCAGCACUCACAAAGCCACUCUGACUAAGCCAUUUGAUUGGCAGAGUUGUAACAUUGGAGGAGAUAUCGUGCACACAACAUUUCUGCUAUGUAUGCAGUACACUUGAUGAUCAUAAAAAAAUACCAGAAAGCUGUGCAGAAUUAAAUUAGACAAGCUAAGUCGACCUCGUUAAAUAAAUCAAAGUAUUCAUCAAAAUUUGGCUCCACAUAGAAAGGCCUGCAGUCUGCCAAUUGAUCACAUCUGGUUUUAGAUCCUCGAACUUUUUUUUUUUUGAAUGGGACGAACAUCCUUGUCAUUUUGGGGAUGUAAGAAAUAAGAGCCAUGCAGCCGUACAAUGUCUUUCCUUUAACACCAGGGCAAGGAAAUGGACAAGAAUUUCGUUCAGAGGAGGGACAAAAUAAGUCAAGUGAAUGUGGGUGACUGCUGAUGUUGUGCUUGCACUCAAGUAAAUAACUGGUGGAAAUGGGAUCUCAUCUAUCCUAAAGAGUUGGCUAGCCUCCGUUUCCUUUUGGUUUUGACCAGUGAUGAAAAUAACUACACUACUUGAAAGUUUCAACAACUGGGAAACUAACCGGUGAUGGAAGGUCAUGGAAUUAUACUAACAAGGGUACAAUUUUGAGGUACCUGCACUUUACUUGAGUCUUUAAAUUUGUUUGUGCCAUUAAUCUGCUUUAAAAUUCCAUACAUAAAUUUGACAGCUUUAGUUACUUCUCAGGUCAAAAUUGUAUACAAAAAAAAACAUGAAUUGUACACACAAUGCCAUUUUUGUUGAAAUGUUCCUCUCCGCGUCCUCUUUAAAAGAAUGUGUGUAGUUUCUGUCAUGUUUAAUUUAUUGAGAUGUUCUGUCACAAUUACAUUUCCAUGUUUUAUUUUGUGAUUAGGAAUUUCACACUACAAUGGGACCACCCAAGAUUUGACAACCAUUCAAGUAAACAAGUGGGUUUCAUGCAAAGUACAGUACUGCAAAUAUAUAUAUUUUUUGCAUGAAAUCGUCUUUUUGGGAUGAUUUAAUGCAAAACCAGUACCGUUACGUAGGAUAUUCAAACCACCAGUCCAGUUGUAUUGCUUCUUUAAAUGAAGCAAAAGUUCUAAGUCCUGUUACCUUGACCACUUUUAACAUCAUGGAAUUGUUGCAGAACCAUUUCAUGUCAGUUUGUCCAUUUCUGGUCAAAUUUGUUGGAAAAUGUGAUCAUUUCAGCACCUUUAAAUAGAACAGUCGAGUCAGCAGCGCAUGCAUUGUUUUCAGGUGUUGGCAGAGAUGACAGCAUCCUUCUGCAUAAAGUUGCCAUUUUAGAUGUACAAGGUGGCAGUCGGGACACACAGGAGAAUUAGUAAACAUUACGUCGGUUUUGAUUCAGUGUGUUUAGGAAACCUCUGCUGUAGAACGGGAUCAAAGUGCAAUAGUUUCCUCUGAAAACCUUGACAUGCUCUUUUAAGAAAAGGAUAAGUCAUACCUUCCCCUUUAAGUCAUAUUUUUAUAAUAUAAUGUAAAAUUGUGCUCCAUUAAAAAAACAAGAUGCUGUUGUACAUAAGAGUCAAAACAGUAUUUAUGGGUGAGAUGAAUGAAUUGCAAACACCUGGGACAUUUUUGUACACUCAUGUGAAAGUGCCAAUUCUCAUGAAAUUAUUAGUUGUUAAAGCCAAAACAUGGAUUUGAGAGUGUUUCCUUGUUUGUAUUUUCAAAGCAUUGAGGGAACAAGAUAGCACUUUAAAUAAUAUGUUAAUUCCAUAUAUUAUGUUACUAAAGCACUACAAAUCCAUCGAAUAGCACCAAAAGACUGCAUAGAUUUCUCCAAGUGGUUCUAGUACCCCUCAAUGCCCCAAUUUACUGUCAUUGACUCUUGACUUGACGACAAUGAGCCCACCGCUGUUUCCCACUUGAUUUAUAUUGUAGAGGUCUACUGUAUCAGUUAUGAACAUUUGAUGCCGAGAAUGCUUUUCACUUUAAAUACUUAUAAGUCAAUGUUACCUUGUUCAUUUCAGUUGUCAUAAUAAAGUGAGUUGAUUUUU